UACCAUAUCAAGUAUCACAAACUGAGUUAAAAAAAAAAUCUAUUCCUUGUUGAAGAGUAACAAGCUGAUCGAGUCAUGGCUAUGUCUCACUUCCAACCUCUGUUAUUUUUCGUCGUCAUACUCUUCUUCCCACCUUUUCAUGCUCUCAAUUUUGAAUUCUGCAACCCAAACCAGAGUUCCAAUUACAUAGAGGUCACUGAUCUGAAGACCCAUUCCGACCAACCCCACGCUGUUACCGUAUCAGGUUUAGCAAAAUAUACUAUGGUGGGAUCGAUAGAGGUGGGUGUUCAAGUUGGGAAGGUAGUGUACUAUCAUGCAAACCUCUGCUCUUGUUUGCAUCUUAGUGAUGGCAACCACUUUGUGAUACCUGUUACGGGACUUCCUUAUGAGUUUGCUGAGGUUGAGUCCAAGUAUGUGUAUUUAAUUAAAUUUUGGGAAAGCAGCGAUGAAAUCAUGUGUAUUAAGUUCAAGAUGCCUACUUCGGCUACCACAUUGAAUGGGACAACAAGUGUUCAAAACCUUGAACUGGCAGAGGAAGCUGAACACAAAGAACCAGCCAUCGUUUGAAAAAGUCUCGUUGUUUAUUUUGUUUUCAUUCAGCAAAUAAUUGAGUCAUACUCUGUUGCCUCUAGUGAAGGAGUAGAGUAACUCACUUUCUUUUUCAACUUUGUUGCUUCCACGUUUCAAGGGGUCCAGGUUCCUACAUUUGCUUCUUGUAUUUGCUUCUUCUGCUAUUCCCUACUGUUAAAAUAAAUGAAGACAAUAAAAGUCUUAACUACCCAAAAA